AGCUUCAAAGUGAUUUGCAAUUUCUUCAAGCUCUUCAGACAGUUCUUUCAAUUAACUUAACACAAAAAAAGAAUUGCCUUGCUUUUGAUGAAGCCUUAGAAACACUUGGAGCAAAGUUUCUAAAAGAGAACAUAACUGUCUAG